GUCAAACUAACGUUCGCGAAGAGAUACCAAAACCCCAAAACUUCUCCGUUUUAUCUCACUCCUCCAAUUCUCCCAAACGCCGCCCUCCGUCAUCUUCUUCAACCACUCUCUCGACUCUCGUGAUCUUCUCCAUCAAGAAUGGAGAAUCCUGCUGAUGAUGCUGCGAAAUCCAUCGCUAACAUGUCUAUGGAUUCUUCUAACCUUAGCGUGCUUCCAGAAUCUGAAACUCUCAGUAAAAAUGCGUUAAAGAAGCAGUUGAAGAAUAAGCAAAGAGAAGAAGAACGGCGUAAAAAGGAGGAAGAGAAAGCCAAAAAACAGGCUGCAAUGCCGAGCUCGCAUGGCCAGAAGUCUCAAGCUGCGGAUGAUGAGGAUAUGGACCCGACUCAAUAUUUUGAGAAUAGGAUGAAAUCCCUGGCGGUGCAGAAGGCUGCUGGAAUUAAUCCUUACCCGCAUAAGUUCUUCGUUACAUUGAGUAUAACAGAGUAUAUCGAAAAGUAUGGUGUUUUAAACAAUGGCGAUCAUCUUGAGGAUGUGCAAGUAUCGUUAGCUGGGAGGGUUAUGAGCAAGCGUGCAUCAUCUUCGAAGCUUUUCUUUUAUGAUUUGCAUGGCGGUGGUGCUAAAGUUCAAGUGAUGGCAGAUGCUAGGACUUCUGAGCUAGAUGAAGCUGAGUUUUCCAAGUUCCAUGAUUCUGUUAAACGUGGUGACAUUAUUGGUGUAACUGGAUUCCCAGGUAAAACUAAGAGAGGGGAACUAAGUAUUUUUCCCAAGUUGUUUGUGGUAUUAUCACAUUGCCUCCAUAUGAUGCCAAAACAGAAGGCUGCUCCUGCUUCAGUGAAUGCCAAUGUGAAGACCACUGAGGUGUGGGUCCCGGGAAGCACAAGGAAUCCUGAGUUGUACAUUUUGAAGGAUCAGGAAACCCGCUAUCGCCAGCGCUACUUGGAUUUGAUGUUGAAUGGUGAGGUCAGAGAAAUAUUCAAGACCCGAUCAAAAGUUAUCUCAUAUAUAAGGAGGUUUCUUGACAAUCUGGGUUUCUUAGAGGUUGAGACACCAAUGAUGAACAUGAUUCCUGGAGGUGCAGCGGCGCGUCCAUUCGUUACCCAUCACAAUGACCUAAACAUGAAGCUGUACAUGCGUAUUGCACCUGAACUUUAUCUGAAGGAGCUAGUUGUUGGUGGAUUAGAUCGUGUCUAUGAAAUCGGAAAGCAAUUUAGGAAUGAGGGUAUUGACCUUACACAUAACCCUGAGUUCACCACUUGUGAGUUUUAUAUGGCUUUUGCAGAUUACAAUGACAUAAUGGAGCUGACUGAGAAGAUGUUAAGUGGGAUGGUAAAGGAAUUGAUUGGUGGCUAUGUCAUCAAGUAUCAUGCAAAUGGCUUAGAUAAGGAGCCAAUUGAAAUUGAUUUUACUCCACCUUUCAGGAGAAUUGACAUGCUAGAAGAAUUAGAGAAAAUAGCUAACCUUUCUAUACCAAAAGACUUGGCUAGCGAAGAAGCUAACAAGUAUUUGAUAGAUGCUUGUGCUAAAUAUGAUGUGAAAUGCCCCGCUCCACAGACAACAACCCGCUUGUUGGACAAACUGGUGGGGCACUUUUUGGAGGAAACUUGUGUUAAUCCUUGCUUCAUUAUAAACCAUCCAGAAAUAAUGAGUCCUUUAGCCAAGUGGCACAGAUCAAAGCCUGGCUUGACUGAGCGUUUUGAGUUAUUUGUGAACAAGCAUGAGGUAUGCAAUGCGUACACUGAAUUAAAUGAUCCUGUGGUACAGCGUCAGCGAUUUGCGGAACAGCUAAAGGAUCGACAAUCAGGUGAUGAUGAAGCAAUGGCUUUGGAUGAGACAUUUUGUACUGCUCUUGAGUAUGGGCUGCCCCCAACAGGUGGUUGGGGAUUAGGUAUUGAUCGGUUUGCAAUGUUGCUAACCGAUUCCCAAAAUAUAAAGGAAGUCUUACUCUUCCCUGCCAUGAAGCCGCAGGAUGAUACCUCUUCUGCUAAAGCUGCAGCAUAAGAAUUCUGGUGUCGUACGAGACUACGAGUAAAUGGCGAAAUGCUUUGUGAUUAAUUCAGACAGCUUGAUUCUUCCCUAAAUUAUAGUCAAUACAAGUCCAAUUUUGUUACUUUCUGGAAUAGUGAAUCAGUUUGUUGUAACAGAAUCCACUAUGGAGUAUUAACUGCAUAUUUUUUGCGAUUUACAUAAAAUAUUAUGUUUACCUUUGUCCUGGAAAGUGGAAAUGUUAGCAAUUUAUGCAUAGAUUCAUUAGAACU